UUUAAUUUGACUUUUCUCUGCGCGUAAUUUCUUUUUUGUUGUUGUUAAUUGGGUUGCGAUGGGGGCGGUGACGUCGUCGAUGGCGGCGAAGUUUGCGUUUUUUCCACCGGAUCCGGCGUCGUACGAGGUGACGGUGGAGAAGGGGGCGGGGAAGCUGAAGAUGACGGAGGUGGCGGAGAACGAAAACGUCGACGUUUUGAAAGUGAAAUCGAAGAGGGGGACGGAGAUCGUGGCGGUGUAUGUGAAGAAUCCGUCGGCGAAGCUGACACUUCUGUACUCCCACGGCAACGCCGCUGAUCUAGGGCAAAUGUAUGAUCUCUUCAUUGAACUCAGCAUCCACCUCCGGGUCAACUUGAUGGGGUACGACUAUUCUGGGUACGGAAAGUCAACUGGCAAGCCAAGUGAGCAGAAUACUUAUGCCGACAUCGAAGCUGCGUACGAGUGCCUUCAAGAGACUUAUGGUGUGAAAGAAGAAGAUGUAAUAUUAUACGGACAGUCUGUUGGGAGUGGUCCCACAUUGGAUUUAGCAUCCCGUUUGUCUAGAUUAAGGGGUGUGGUUCUUCACAGCCCAAUUCUCUCUGGACUUAGAGUUAUGUAUCCUGUUAAGCGCACAUAUUGGUUCGACAUUUAUAAGAAUAUUGACAAAAUCCCACUGGUCAAAUGCCCCGUCCUGGUUAUUCAUGGGACUGAAGAUGACGUAGUAGAUUGCUCUCAUGGCAAGCAGCUAUGGGAGCUCUGUAAAGAAAAGUACGAGCCCUUAUGGGUUAAAGGCGGCAAUCAUUGUAAUCUCGAGCUUUACCCAGAAUAUAUUAAGCACUUGAAGAAAUUUGUAUCAGCUAUAGAAAAAUCGGGACAUCUGAGAAAUGGAACUGUACCAUCUAUCGAUCUGAUGGCUGAUAGUCGACCAAGACAAAGCACGGACCAGAGAGAGAAAUCUCGAUCGAGCACAGAUCAUAGAGAAAACCCUAGGGUAAGCACGGAUCUAAGGGAGAAAUCGAGGGCCAGCAUUGACAAGAGAGAAAGGUCAAGAAAGAAUAUGGAGUUGUCUGAAAAGACGAGUAAUGUUACAGAACAGCCUGAGAAAGCGAGGAACAGUAUAGAUCGCUUCGGAGAUAUGAUGAGAUCGGCUGUUUUGUGCAACAUCGACUGUUUCAAACCUGUGGGAACUAAGGUCUGAAGAUUGAGUGGAGGUUCUGUUCUGUACAAUAUUAUUUGGAUCGAGACCGAGCUUUCCUCGUAUUCUAGGCUCUGGGCUGUUUUGUGCUUUCAAGGGUGGAAAUGAUUCGAUUGCACACGAGUGUUGCUCUUAUGUAAUAAAUCACUUUUAUUCGUUGGUUCCUCACUUAUGUUACAUUAAUCCCUGUGGAAUGUAGGCAUGAUUCUGCCCCUAUAUUAUCUUAUCUCUAAUUAGCUCAAUAUUUGAUUGAUUUGUAAGUCUCGUACUAUAAACACAUCGGGUUAAAUUAUUGUCGAAUACACGUGAAAUUGGUGAACUAACGUGAAUGCAUAUGGUAGAAAAGAUCAGCGACGUAA